GUGAAGCCUCAGGACCCGCUGCCUCCAGGAACCAUGCUGACCAUGGAUGAUAUUCUAGAACACAUAGGGGAAUUCCACCUUUUCCAGAAGCAGACAUUUCUCCUCUUAGCUCUGCUUUCUGGUGCCUUCACCCCCAUCUACGUGGGCAUCGUCUUCCUGGGCUUCACCCCUGAGCACCGCUGCUGGAGCCCCGGGGUGGCCGAGCUGAGCCAGCGAUGUGGCUGGAGUCUGGCAGAGGAGCUCAACUACACAGUGCCGGGCCUGGGGUCUGCGGAUGACGCCUCCUUCCUCAGCCAGUGCAUGCAGUAUGAGGUGGACUGGAACCAGAGCACCCUUGACUGUGUGGACCCCCUGUCCAGCCUGACUGCCAACAGGAGCCGCUUGCCUCUGAGCCCCUGCCAACAUGGCUGGGUGUACGACACUCCUGGCUCCUCCAUCGUCACUGAGUUUAACCUGGUGUGUGCUCACUCCUGGAUGCUGGACCUCUUUCAGGCGGUAGUGAACGUGGGCUUUUUCAUCGGUGCUGUGGGGAUUGGCUACUUAGCAGACAGGUUUGGCCGGAAGUUCUGCCUCUUGGUUACCACCCUCAUCAAUGCCAUUUCUGGGGUUCUCAUGGCGAUUUCCCCCAACUACACCUGGAUGCUGGUGUUUCGCUUGCUCCAGGGCCUGGUCAGCAAAGCAGGCUGGUUAAUUGGCUACAUCCUGAUUACAGAAUUUGUUGGGUUGGGCUAUCGCAGAACAGUGGGGAUUUUUUACCAAGUCGCCUUUACUGCUGGGCUCCUGGUACUGGCAGGGGUGGCCUGCCUGAUUCCCCAUUGGAGGUGGCUGCAGUUUGCCGUGACUCUGCCCAACUUCUUCUUCCUGCUCUAUUUCUGGUGCAUACCAGAAUCUCCAAGAUGGCUCAUCUCCCAGAACAAAAAUGCAAAAGCCAUGAAGAUAAUUAAACACAUUGCUAAGAAAAAUGGAAAAUCAGUGCCAGUCUCUCUUCAGAGCCUGAGGGCAGACGAGGAUGCUGGCGAGAAACUGAACCCUUCCUUCCUUGACCUGGUCAGAACCCCUCAGAUAAGGAAACAUACUUUGAUUUUGAUGUACAGUUGGUUCACGAGCUCUGUUCUCUACCAGGGCCUUAUCAUGCACAUGGGCCUUGCAGGCAGCAACAUCUACCUGGAUUUCUUCUACUCUGCCCUGAUGGAGUUCCCAGCUGCCUUCAUCAUCAUCCUCACCAUAGACCGUGUUGGUCGCCGCUAUCCUUGGGCUGCGGCAAAUACGGUGGCUGGAGCAGCCUGUCUAGCUUCAGUUUUUAUCCCUGCUGAUCUACACUGGCUGAAAAUUACCAUCGCGUGCUUGGGCAGAAUGGGCAUCACCAUGGCCUAUGAGAUGGUCUGCCUGGUCAACACUGAGCUCUACCCCACGUACAUCAGGAAUCUCGGCGUCCUCGUCUGCUCCUCCAUGUGUGACAUUGGCGGCAUCAUCACACCUUUCCUGGUCUACCGUCUCACCGACAUCUGGCUGGAGUUCCCGCUGGUGGUAUUUGGUGUGGUUGGUCUUGUUGCCGGAGCACUUGUGCUGCUGCUACCCGAGACCAAAGGGAAAGCUCUGCCUGAGACCAUUGAGGACACCGAGAACAUGCACAGGCCCUCUAAAAAUGAAAGAAAAGAGAAUUUACCUCCAAGUCAAGAAAGCAAACCUUCAGCUAAGCUAAAGAGUGUGGUUUCUGCUGGAACUGGCUUUGCUAGCUCCAAGACCAGAGGCGGAGCUUCUUCCCUGCUCCCCAAACCCAUACAACCCAACCGUACUUGCCUGUGAACUCCCGUCAGUAGGGAGCUGUAGCUUGCACAGCUCGUUGCACUGAUGUGUCAGACUCUACCUACCAGCAAGGGUCUUCACCUCACUCUGCUCUCAGUGGUGCCAGCAAACGACCAUUGCUUUACUGGAUUUGUUUUUUUAUAUUUACGUUUCUUUAUUUGGUUUCUUUCUCCAUUGUGAAAUCACACUAAAAAAACACAAGGGAGCUGUGGGCCAGGACAACCAAAAUUUUUCUUUAAUUUGACAAACAAUAAACUUAAGAGAAAAAAGUGUAUUUUUUUUUAAGAA